CGAAUUUAGUAUAUAAUUGAGGCUCAGUUCCACGUUGUUUUUUGUUGCAAGAUGGCUCGUUAUAUCCGAUCAGAGUAGAAUGCUAUUUCCUUUUAUGAUAUCCAAACAGAAGCUCAUUCAAUACAGCGACAAAGGAUACGUCUUACUCACGGACUUCCGAAUAAGCUAGAUUUUGGAAGAGAUACAGCUUGAGCACACAGUAACAGCGUUGAUUCCACAACCUCAAUGAUUAAGCCAGGAUCCGAAGCCUGCUCUCCCCCUGACCCUACCUCACUUAAACAUGUUCGGAUCAUAGAAAACGUCAUGAAGCCGCCCUGCCUCGAACCCGUUAACGAUCACCAUCCUUCCACCUACACGACCCCCUCCAAAUCUCCGGCCCCUACCGUCACCCAACCGGAAGAAGAAAACACCACCCAGCUGGAAGAAAACACCACCCAGCUGGAAGAAAACACCACCCAGAAAACACCAACCGCUCUGCAGAGCGCUCAGCAGACCCCUCUUGUGGUGGUGACUGACGAGGCCUGCAUGACCCCCACUAACUGUUUAACCCCCACAACAAGCAGCACCCUCAAAACAUCUGAGGAGAGCGUGGUGGGAGAAGUAAAGGACGAGAGUGGGACCGUCCCUUCUCCUGAACCCACUCAGGGGACUCAGACCAACUCAGAUACUCUAGCUAAAUCCGAGGACACGUCUACUGAACAGAGUGGAAUGCAGCGAAAGAAGGGCACAAAGAAGACAGAAGAUUAUGAUAGCGGUAUAAGUUCUCCGUCCUCUGGCUCGCCCCCGGACGACUCCAUCGAUAUCAAGAUCGCUGUGAAGAAACGAAGAAGGAAACGUCGCCGGGGUACCACCCUUGCUGGGGCAUCCUUCGAAGACUGCUACGAAAGAACAGGAAGGAUCCUGGGUUCUGGAGCCUUCUCCCAAGUUGAACUAUGUAGAUGUAUUAGAACUGGCCACGAAUUCGCCGUCAAAAUAAUCAAGAAAGAUACGUGGUACAACGGAUACACCCGAGCCAGAGUUCACCAGGAAGUGGAGAUAUUGUACAGAUGUACAGGUCACCCCAACAUCGUUCAGCUCCAGGAUUUCUACGAAGGAAAAGAAGAGUUUUAUUUAGUGUUUGAGAUGAUGAGAGGUGGAGCCCUGAUCGAUCACAUCGAGAAGAGGAAAAUGUUUAACGAGAGACAAGCCAGCACUGUCCUGUACUGUAUUACAUCUGCUUUGGAGCAUCUUCACAGUGCAGGUAUCGCUCACCGAGACCUCAAGUUUGACAACCUAUUGUGCAACGAUCCAGACGACUUCACCCGAGUAAAGAUAUGUGACUUCGACCUAGGAGGACAAAAACUUGACAUCCCUUAUUUGUCCACUCCACUCUUGGACUCCCCAGUCGGCUCUGCUGAAUUCAUGGCCCCGGAAGUUGUUGACCUUUUCAUUGGACACAAGAGCACAUACGACAAGCGUUGUGACAUGUGGAGUUUGGGCAUCUCCCUCUACAUCAUGCUGUUCGGUCGUCCUCCCUUCACAGGAAGAUGCGGCCUGAACUGUGGCUGGGAUGACGGUGAAGCUUGUGCUGUCUGUCAGGAACUACUCUUCCAGAAUAUUACAUACGGUCGAAUCACAUUCCCCCCUGAGAGCUCUGUUUCUGAAGAUGCUAAAGACCUUAUCAAGAGGCUUCUUGUUAAAGACGCACGAAAAAGAUACACAGCGUCAGAAGUGUUAGCACAUCCAUGGGUGACCGGUAGAGGAACUGACAACGUCCUGGAGACACCGGCUAAUCUCCGAAGGAACACACUGAGUGCAACAAACCUGGGAAACUUCGCUGCCAAGGCCAACGAGCAUUACCGCUAUCUCAACUCUGGUCUCAACGGCCUCACCGAAGCUCUUGACAACCUAAACAUAACCCAACAACUAGAAUUAGAAAACGAAAAGAAGAAGGAAGAAGAGGAAUCGACUCCGGAACUUACACCCACUUCGGAGAAAGCAGACUUCUUCAUUUCCGACGAAGAUGAUUGGUAUAACAUUACGUAAAUGUUUUUAUAAAGUUUUGUACAAAAUACAUGCGGAAUAUAGCGCAACAUAUAAAGAACCUUGAUAUGGAUUGUUACCAAAAAGGUUCCCUUUUGGUCGGUAAACCCAUAUUUCUAUUUAUUACAAGAUGAAGUGUGUGUUCAUUUAAGAUUUUUGUGGUUUAAUCAAUUUUGCUUCACUAUUAAUUAUAUGAUAUCAAGUUAACUUAUUCAAAAUAUUACCCUAUUUAUAGCAAGAAAAAAAAUUGAUAUAAUAGUUUUAAAAGUCCAUAAACAGUAAAAGUAUGCUAUUAAUUUUCCCUAGUUAAAGUUUCUAUAACUUUUAUAAUGAUACUGUUAAAAAUAGUUUGAGCUUUCCUUUAAUUGAUCGUUAGGUUCGAUAUUUUGUCCGUUCUGUAGACUUUUUUACUGCAUACUACCGGCAGCUGUUCAUGUUGAAGGUGCUCUCAUGCUGGUCAUCCACACGUGCAAUACCUUUCCUCGCGCGUCACAAGAACGGGGCGUGCGUGAAGGAUGGUGUUGCACGUGCAGAUAUAACCGCAUGAUCGUGACUUGCCGCGUUUAUCGCUGGGUUUGAUUACCGUUGUCCAGGCCAUUUGGUAGUGUGUUAGUUUUUAAUAAUGAUAGAUCCUAGAUACCACCGUCGCUCAAGUUUGUGGCGACAGAAUCUGGUGUAUUUUUAAGGCCAGUGUAAGAGUGGACUAUCGACCCAUUUUUAGUUGUAGCGUAAAUAAGCGCAGGUUUCUUCUGCAACCCGACUAAAAGUAUCAGUUUUAAUUUUACUGACUGUUCUUUUGUCAUUUGCUGAAGAAACCCGUGAUUAGAAAUCAAAUCAGACGCAUUUUUGAUCGAUAUUGAGCCUUUGAAUUUCGCUUUAUAAGUAGAAAACUUUUGGAAGUAUAGAUAGUUUUGCUUGUGCACCACAUGCGUUAUUGGCAUGGUCAAAAAGUGCAAGUUGGAUAUCAAUAUCCACAGUAUUUGCUAACUUUUUUAAGCAAACACUCAUUGAUAGAAACAAAUGUUUUUGUUUCGAGUCGUAUUUCAGAAAAAAAAUUUUUAAAACAUUUUGCUAAUGUGUAUGAUGAUGCAGAAAGGUAGGCUUCGUUUUAUGUUGUCAAGAAUUGUACCACGAACCGUUUCAUUUAGUCGACAACAUUGUUGUCGUCGUGACAAUUUCUUGUCACCAUCGCUGCCUAGCCGGAGUCAAGGCAGCAUAAAACGAACCUUGCCACUUCAUGGAAUUUUUAAAAUGAUAUUUGUAUGCAAUGUGUUUGUAGGUCGAACUCCAUGACAAUAAUUGGCCUAAAUUUUAUAUGAAAUUUCUCAUACACAGACGUAGGUGGUAGCACUGCUGGCAUGCUGCAACGUCAUUGCUUACCUUACCCCUCCAACUCAAUUAACACAUGAUUAGUUGAUUAGUAACCCAAGUUUGGGUUCGAUCUCCUCUUUUUUUACUCUUAUUACUUCAAAAUAGUUUUGGAUGGAGGGGUAAUGUUUGCUAUCUUGCCAAAUGUUUUUGGUUGAAUGUCAGACAAACAUCUGAGAAAUAUCGUCAGAUUUUUAACAUCAAAACUGAAAAUCGUCCCAAUACUUGAUAUUUUAAAUGAAUUACUGUAUUUGAUUGUAGGAAGUAUUGACUGAAUGUACGAUUGAUCGGUUUUUGCUAUUAAUAUGUGGGAAUUUGAAGCACGUGCAGUAUGGGACGUGAUUUUCAGUUUUAUUACGAACGAGUCUAGUGAGACUGAGGUAUUUGAUAAGCUCCAGAAUUGAGCGAUAGAUUCGUCAUGUGGUGAUGUCCAUGAGAAUGCACGAUUAAAUUAUGAAGUCCGUUGGAUUGUUGAACGUGAGACAGUUUGGUUGUCUUUUUUAUUAAAUCCACGAGCAGCCAGGUUUUAGGAGCCUAACUAGAUUAUCCGCACUCUAAACUUUUUUGGCCAUCAAACAUGUGUGUUGAAUAUUUGCGUAUCAUAUGUUAUUUUAACGCAUAUGAUUUCGAUUUUGAACUUCUUGUUUGGGUGAAUGGGUGCUCUACAAUAAGUCUGGUUGCUCCGAUGUUAUUAGGGCUAAGCUCGUGGUUAUUUUAACGGUUGACUAUAAAAUCGGUCCGGGUUAAAAUACUUUUCAUGUUUUAGAUAACAGUGUGUUUUCCUAACUUUAAUAUCUUGUUACUGGAAACUUAUUUGUGCGCGGCUCUUGUCACGUACAUUUCACGAGAUCGUCUUGACGACGAAAACGUCACCGUGACAACAGUCGUGCCACGUUCUUGCAGGACAGGAACGGCCCCGUCGGGAAUCCGAUCGGAAUGUUACCAUCUUGAUCACCGUUAGGAACUUGGCGUGAGUUGGUUCACUCCUCGCCCAAGUUCCAGUGAUCCAUUUCACAUCGGACCCAAUCUGUGCUUUGUUUCGAAAUUGAACAAGCACUUUUACAAUUUUUUUCUCUUUUUGCAACAUGUUGAAACGUGAAAUCCUCCUUAGAAAUAGGUUGCAAGGUUUGAAGAAUGAAGCAAAUAUUUAGGUUUUCCCGUCGACUCGUUCUCCAAGUUCUACUAUCACCUGUGAAUGAGUGGAGGCGUGAUCGACACUCUAGAUAAAUUUCUGUUUCAUUAUUUGAGCCUUGACAAACUCUGAGAUCCUCGAAUAUUGUUCUUAUGUUAAUUUGUCUUGAUUUGUUAAGAGUCCCCAGCUAAUUGUUGUGCUCCAUGUAUUAAAUCGCGGCAACAGGGAGAAAAUAUCUUGAUAUUUUAAAUACAAGCUGGAUGGUGCAAUUGUUUGGAAUUUGUGACAUCUUGGCGGACGUUUAAUCAAGUGUCGCGCUGGGGGCGUCUUCACACAGUGUCAAUAGUGUAAUUAUUUUAGUUGUAGAGCCCCAUUGCCCCUGUCGAGUAUUGCUAAUAAUCGAAUAAACUUUCCUUAAA